CCUAGGCGGAAGUGUCAUGUGACUCUAAUUUAGCAUCUGCUUGUUACUACUGUUUCGGCGAAUUUCUGAACCGUUUUUGUCAAAAGUCGGGCAUUGUCUCUCGCUUCUGUAUAGUCUGUGGUUUCUUGUGCCGAGAUGACAGAUUCCUGACGAGCACAUCCUUCCCUUUGUGAUACAAGUUGAAGUUGGAAUGAAUUCAUGGACGCCCGUUGACACUUAGCCCAUGGCCAGGCGCGUAAACUGAGCGUUAUAGAUGAAAGUUAUCAAUCUCCCCGAGAACGCUUGGCAGUUCCUCGUCGGUAUAUAAUAAUUUGGAGCAACUACAGAAUACAAGGCCAUUGAGGUCCACCAUGUCGGCAUGCUUUUAGGAGGGGAGUAUUAGAGCCUAUUAGAAACCGCAAAACCGCAGAAAAAAUCGGACUGACUGCACACUUACUAGUCACAGAGAUACAAUGUAUCACCUUCUGUGAGCCCUAAUCAAGUUAAUGCAUUAGGAGUUGCUUGGAAAUGAAUCUAUGGUCUAUGGAAGCACUCAUACAAGUCCAGUCAAGUGCACUGGCUCAGUUUCUGAGAUCUAACCUUAGCACUCUCUCCUUGAUAUGAACCUGACCAUUGUUUAAUGGCUGUCAUCAAUCAGCUCUCUCUCCAUCCCAGGAAACAUUGAGGCUUGGUGUUAAUACUUGAUAGUUACAAAUGAGAUCGUACGACAGAAUCCGACCUCUGUGGUUUAAGGUGGUACUUUUGGGAAGUUCAUCUGUCGGCAAAUCGAGCUUGUUUAACAGAUGUGACGAUGGAAUUUCUUCUCGUUUCAAAGUUAUUCCUAGUACCGAAGAGGACUGUAACACUAUAGAAGUAAGUCUGGAUAAUGGCAUAACAAUGACACUUCAAAUCUGGGAUACUAUGUAUAUGGAAAGGUUCCUCCGCUCAGAUGUUUCUUCUUAUUUCCGCGGACGACAUGUUGCUAUUGUUGUGUACGACAUAACGCAAAGAUAUUCAUUUGAGAAGGCAAAGGAGAUUGUCGAUAUCCUCGCGCAAUUGGCCAAGCCAGGCGACUUUGUAACACUUGUGGGGAAUAAAGCAGAUUUUCAAAGCGGAAGGGAGGUGUCCUUUGAGGAAGCACGGGACUAUGCAGACGGAAUCAAUAUCAUUGAGAUUGUCAUAGAAGUGUCAGCAAAGAGUGCUAAAAAUGUUGAAGACCUGUUCUCUAAAGUAGUAACACAUCUAAAAGCAUCCGUAUUAUUUGAGUUCGGCCACACUUUGGCUCUAGCAGGAAAAACUUUGGAUCUGAGUGAUAGAAACUUGCACAGCAUUCAAAUAAAUUUUACUGAACUUGUGGAGAUGCUGUUUCCUCUACGUCAUCACCCCGUUUCACUAGCAGGUAUUCAAGUACUGAAUUUGAGCCAUAACAAUUUUGCAGAGCUUCCUGAUAUUUCUCUAGAAUUGAUGAAUCUGGCGUGCUUAUACGUGAAUGACAACAGACUCUCCUCUCUUCCUGAAAGUAUGAAACGCCUGAAAAGACUUCGAGAGCUGGAUUUGAGAAAUAACCAACUGAAGGGACUUGGUGUAAUUAGAGAACUGCCUGAACUUAAAAAUCUGUUUGUGGAAGGAAACCCACUCAAACUAGAGGAAAUCAGAAGUCUUGUUAAGCAUAUCGAUAAAACUAAAAGAACUAUCUCCAUAGACAUCGCAGCUACUACUCCUUCCGAAAUUUUGGCACAAGGACCAUCCGCAAGACUAGUUUAUGAAAAGGCUCUUACUGAUGGAUUUGUGAAUGUUUAUCGUGGUCGGAUAUUAUUAAUUGGCCAGGAUCGUGCUGGUAAAACAAGUUUAAAGAAGACUCUCCUAGGUCUGCCAUUCGACUUCAAGGAACAGAGCACGGACGGAAUUGAAAUAGAGCCAUCCAAGUUUGAAAUUGAAGUUGAAAGAAUGAAGAAUUGGACUCCAACUUGUGCGGAAAAAUCAAAUGUGACGGAAUUUUCGGAAUAUAUGCCGAAAAUAUUAGCAAGUGAACGAUAUCACUGCAUUCUCGGUAAUGCGAAAGAAAACCCGGGAAAGAAAUUGGAAUGGGCAAAACCUCAAAAAGAAGCUGACGAGGGUUCAGUAGCAACUGUAGAGAAAGAACGUACCCGCGCCAUUCAGAUCGAUAAUGGUCGUGGUAAUGAGACAGAAAACCCGGAAAAGAACUCCGAAUGGGUGCAGCCUCAAAAAGAAGCUGAAUCGGAAUCGAUACGAGAGGUAAACACAGAACGUCCUCUCUCAAUUCAGAUUUCUGAGGAGAAAGAAAAGGAGGAGGAAAAGGAGUACGCCAAAUCUGGUCAUACUCCCGGGCCAUCAAUUGAGACACAACAAAUACAGAAAGCAAACGAUUCUGAUGGCCGCACGAAUCCAAGUACGGAGUCUGAAAUGACUUUAAACGCAACCACACUCCUUGCUGACGUUAGGAAGCAUGCCGAUCAAUUGUUGAAGAGUAUGCUUCUUAAAGGUAUAAAUGCUGAAAAAGAGAGCAGCAAGGGAGAAUCCAUGAUAACCAUAGACUUCUGGGAUUUUGCAGGUCAGCAUUUGUACUAUGCUGCUCACCCAGUAUUUUUUUCACCACGAGCAGUGUACAUUUUAGUGCACAACCUUAACAAGCCACUUAAUGCACGAGCUCAGCCCUGUGUUAGACAAGGAACUCAUGAAGUAACUUUGGAGAACCCAAACGAUGAGACAAAUUUGGAGAAUUUGCUAUCGUGGCUUGUAACAGUUCAUAAUCUGAGACCAACUAGAGAAGAAAGGGUUGAAACUUCUAACUUGCUGCCCUAUCUCCGGCCCCCGGUGUUCAUCGUCGGCACCCAUGCUGACAAGCCCUAUGAGGAUAUCAAGGAUGUAACAUCUAAGAUACAACGUGACAUUUCCGGUAAGGAAUAUGGAGAACACGUCAUUCGACCAUUCUUCUUCAUUGAUAAUACUCAAGGACACCAAUCAUUAGCUUGGAAAAUCCGGAGAUUCUUCACCCUUCAGAAAAAUCGUCAAGAAGGACGAAAAGGAGACAAUGACGAAACUAGUGCCGAAGGAAUUCAUGCCCUUCGAGCGAGAAUCCUGGAAGUACUUCGACAGGAACCUUAUAUGGGAGAGAAGAUACCAGUGAGAUGGUUUAACUUUGAAAAGGUCAUUGAAGCUUUGGUAGAUGGAAAUAUAUACCACACAAAUACUGCGCAUCUGCAAACCUAUGCCAAGGAUGUGUGUUUCAUAGAAGACGAUGAGCAGUUUCACACCAUGUUGAAUUUCUAUCACGACCUAGGAAUAAUUGUGAAACACCGCAACACAGUAAUUCUGAGGGCGCAGUGGUUGAUUAGCCUAUUCAAGAAGCUUAUAACCAUUCCACCCUUCAAAAAAACAGAUCCUGUGCAUUCCAAGUUCUGGCUUGAGCUUGAGAGAAGUGGUGUUCUUAAGAUGGAGCUUGUUGAUCGCGUUUUCUCCAGUCUUAUUCAACAAGGUGUUAACAAGGAAGACAUCUUAGACUUGAUGGAGCAGUUUGGUUUGAUUGCCAAAUACUCUCCAUCCCCGGCUCACGUUCAGUACUUUGUCCCAUGUCAACUGAGGUCCUCACCUAAAGAGCUUUGUGACAUGGAACCAUCUCCUGCGGAUCCCUGUCCUUUGUAUCUUCAUUUCCAAGAAGGUUUUGUCCCGCAUGGUCUCUUUACUCGCCUUGUCUCAAAAUCAGUGUCCUGGUGCUGUGCGAAUGGAUCGUCACAGGAACCAAAACUCUACCAGAAUGGUGCAUGGUUCGUUCUGGAGGGAAGCGUUAUACAUGAUAUGAUUUUGAUUUGCAAAAAGAAGUUCAUAAAAAUCCUCUUGAGACAAAGAAUUAAAGAUGAAGCAGUUCCACUGUCUCAUUCAGCUUCAGCAGAAGUUGCUAGAAGUGUGCGAUUGUUUAUAAGGAAAGAUUUAGAAAAGAUGUCAGAGGAGUUUCCAUACCUGAGAAGGUUGCAGCAUCAAUUUUGUGUUGAAUGCCCCUACUGUCAGCAGGGAGGCCGCCAGUGCACAAACCACAACCAAGUGUCCUGUGCAGAAGAUGACUACUUACACCUUCUUGAAUUAAAACAAGGACAGGAUUUGAUAUGUAUGGAAAGCAUGUCUAAUAAAGUACUUACAGUUCCUGGGCAAGAGAAAUGGUUCUUAAACGAGGUUUUGGCUCCGUUAGUGAUAAAUACCUCACAAGGUGGACCAAUAGGUAGUCGCCCCACAAAUUCAAAUAAAGGAUUGAGAGUUACUCUUCUGGCCAAUGAGUGGAAUUCGUCAAUGGGGGGUUUGUCCACUAUCAAUAGACAGCUUGCCAUACUUUUGGCCAAACGCAGUGAAUUGGAAGUCACUCUCCUGGUUCCACAAUCUGCUUGUUCUGAAGAAGAGAAGAGAGCUGCACAAAGUCACAAGAUUGUCGUCAAAGAGGCAGAGAGACGUCCAGGCUUCGACCCUCUUGAUUGGUUGAGCUUCCCGCCGAAAGACCUUAUCAUCGACGUGGUCGUGGGUCAUGGAGCCAAGUUAGGUAAGCAAGCACAAAUCAUCAGAGAGUCUCACUGCUGCCAAUGGGUACAAGUAGUACAUACUGCGCCUGAAGAGCUUGGAAUGUUCAAAAACUACCCGAGAGCCAUUGCCAGAGGAGAAGAGAAGACUACAGCUGAAGUAGACUUAUGCAGAUUGGCAAACCUAGUCGUAGCAGUAGGACCCAAGUUGACGGAGGCCUACUCAGCCUAUCUUCGCUCCUGCGAGAAGCAGCAAGAUAUCAUGUCGUUCACUCCUGGCACAUUCAAUGAGUUUUCCACCCUAAGACAAGCUUCAGUUGACUCUGAAAAGUUUAGAGUGUUGACCUUUGGUCGUGGUGAUCCAGAGGACUUCGAUCUGAAAGGGUAUGAUAUCGCCGCCAAAGCAGUGGUUGAACUGAGAGACAACUCCUACCAUCUAAUCUUUGUGGGUGCACCUGAUGGAAAACAGGAGGCAGUUAUGGAAAACUUGCUGCAAAGUGGCAUAUUUAGACGACAGCUGACAGUGAGAAAGUUUUUGCAAAGUAAGGAGAAAUUGAAAGAGUGUUUUUGUGAAGUUGAUCUCUGCAUUAUGCCAUCCCGGACGGAAGGGUUUGGUUUAACCGCAUUGGAAGCCUUGUCGGCUGGUCUUCCCAUUCUUGUUAGUGGAAACUCGGGAUUGGGAGACGCACUGCGCACUGUACCAUCCGGCAAAUCUUUUGUGGUUGAUUCUGAGGACCCCAAAGUGUGGGCUGAGGCAAUUGCUGGUGUCCGAAAAAUAAAGAGAUCCCAACGUCUUCAUGUAAUUGAACGACUUAGGGCAGCAUAUGAAGAGCAUUUUAGCUGGGAGAAGCAGUGUGACCUUGUUCUGGAUAAGAUGUGGCACAAAGUAUAUGAUGCAGGGCUGCUUGAGCGAAUCAUCAAGAAUCUUCAGAGGAUGCAAAUCUGCACAAGCAAGGUCGACAGCAACACUAACUUGACAGAAGAGUUAACAACGAUUGUAUCAGAUAAGGGAUUCAGAAUUUCUGACAAUCAAGGGUCAGGAAACUGCAUGUUCCAUGCCUUGUCAGAACAGCUAGAAACCGUCAACGGAAUCAAAACCCAACAUGGCCAGUUGAGACGAUCUUUAGUUCAGUACCUCAAGGAAAACCCAAAACUGCCGGAUGGAACAGAUCUGUCUCACUUUGUUCAUGGACAUGAAACGUGGGUUGAUUACUUAACAUGCAUGAAACAAGAUGGCGCUUGGGGAGAUCACCUCAUUCUCUGUGCAGCAGCAAAUUGCUUUAAAACGUGCAUUCAUGUGGUCAGCAGUCUACACAAUGAUGUAGUCAUCAGGCCACAUUGUCAUGUUGAUGAAAGCAAGCCACUAGUACUGGGACAUAUUCAUGAGGUACACUAUGUCAGUCUUCAACCCAUACAGGGCUAAAGUUACUCAAACGGGUAUGGUUUCAAACCGACAAGACUUUCACAAAGAAUCAGAAGGCAACUAUUAAAUACUGGUGUUGACCAUGUGCUCGACUGAAAAUAUCAGCUUCAGAUGAAACAUAGCUUUUCAGAGGUCGUCGGUUGUUCGGUUUGGAUGAGCUUUGUCAAUGAUGCUGCUGCUAUCGAUUUUUCGUGGUUUUAUUGGUAUUUUGAUUUGAAAGAAAGAGUUUUUUUUAGAAAUUGCUAUCAAUAUUCGGCUGAAUAUUUAAAGUUGAUUAAUUUUAGGCAACUUUUGCGUCUAAAUACAUUAUGAUGCCGAGUAGUCGUUAUUCACCCCUCACCAACAAGAAAUAUUCUGGUAGCAGCUCUUCUCUAAAUUUAUCGUCAAGAAAUGGAAAGUCACAAAAAAGUGUUUCUCUGCUUUAAUCUUGUUUUACAUGUACAUAAAGGUUUUAGCCUGAUUACUUGGGAUAUAGCUUUUACAACCACAUCGAUCGAAUGUUUAGCUGGUGAGAAAUGAUCCUCGUGAAAAUGCGUUUAAUGCAAUUGUUUUAAUCGUGCAUAUUGUAUACUAUGUAAGUUCCUUUCUCUGAAAAUAAUUUAGCAAGGAAAUUUUAGAUAGAUGACCCUUUGGUCGGGAAAACCAAAUAUAGGGCAGGAUUCGUGUUGGAAUGACAACGUUAAUGUUUAAAUUUCCCUAAGAAAUAGAUAGAGCGUGUUUAUUUUUAGUGAGAACUGCAUCGUGAAACUCACUUUAGCUAACCACAACCAAAAAAAACCAAGAGCUUAACCUGUGAAAUUUUCAAAAGACUCUUGUUAAAGGGAAAUUCGUGUCCAACUUCUAAAAGACGAGUUUUCUGUGUUUGCAUUAAAUCACUGCGGCCCAGUCUGCCUAGCUUUUUACGCUUCCAAAUUUUAUUCUGUGAAAGAAAUGACAAUCUUGAGAUAUCUUGUAAUUCACUACAAUUUACUUUGUAAUUGCACGACUUAUAAUUUAUUACUGAAAGAGAACGCCUUAACAAAAAUGUGAAUUCAAUUAUAUCAAUCAGAAUUUCAGAAAUUAUAGUUAGACCCCCACUCUA